GAAAUUGCGCAGAGUCUCUUCACCUGCUCUUGUAUAUCCCUCCGCAGCUCGCACAACUCGUUUUAUCGCGUGUCGUAACAAGGAGACCACAACGUCUUUCUCCGUUUUCAUUUUUCCUUCCUUUCAAAUAGCGGGGGACAUACCGGGAAGGGAGAAGUGGCUCUCAUUACCGUUUAUCGCCGGACUAUUUUUUUUAGCGGAAGGAGACUAGAACUCCGCUCAGAAGGAGGAGCGAUAAGUCACAGAGGUCUAUAAAUACCAGAGGGCGGAAGCGAAGCGGACAUAUUCGGCGCUGUCAUUGACGAAAGGAGAGGUUGGAGAGAGUUUUGUCAACGGAAGCGACGGUCGGGAUUCGUUUUUCCUAGUUGAAUCGGUCGUAGCACAUUGGUAAGACGGCGGAGAGAGUGGUUGGGAAAGAAGGCCGCCUUUCGAGCGACGUGGCGGCGCCUCCGGUGUGUGGCGUCACCGGCCUCCAUUGUGGCGAGGCGCUGCCCGGCGACGUGGGGGGGGCGGGGGGGCUCGGCGAGGGUCUUCCUGCGCAGCCCUGGCCAGAGGGGAGAUGGGGUGGCUUCGUGGCGGGAGGCGCGCCUGAAGGGCGAGCGCGGCGCUUUCUGCGCCGAUGAGGUAAAAAGGAAUAAACCGAGACCAGCCCCUCCCCCCCAUAAAUUCAUUUUUAUUGUGCUGUAAUGGAGGUCCUCACAAAGAAGCGGGCAAAAGCCGUGUCGUGGCGGUCGGGAGACGCGCGUUUUAAAUGGGUGGGGAACCGUAUAAGCGGGAGCCUCAGCUGACGCACAUACUUAAUACUGUAUAGUAAAAAUGCACCCGUGUAUGAAGCACAAAGAAGCAAACUUGGUACUAUAUUUUUUUAAAAACGGGGAUGAGGAGAGUCGGUUGCCAGAAACCUACGGGGCUAAUUUUAGGAGUCCUGGGUAGUUCUCCCUCCCACCUUCCCCCCAAAAGUGCAAUGCAAAUCAUUCCGGGAAAGUGCGUCAUAAUUACAAAAUAUUUGGCAUGUGAUGGGCUGGCGUUAUACUGGUAUUGUUUGUAGCAAUGAGCUGCCUUUGAGUCAGUUCUAAUAAGGGCAAAUGGGAUGUAAAGUAUUAAAGCAAAAAAGGGGGGUGGCUUGGGAAAGCGCAUGCGUAGAAUGUAUGUUUAUGAGCAAAAGCAUAGUGGGUGGGGAAUAAGUGUGAGAUCACUUAAUUGGUUAAAAUGGGGCUUCAAAAGGUCAUCCAGCUGAGCUCCUUGCAGGUUUUGCCUCCUGUGGUUUUGCAGUGAGGGUUUUCCCCCCUGCUUCUGACCUUGGUGUGUAGUAUUUGAGGAUAUCAAAUAGUUUUUAGUUUGACUAGGCUUGCCAGUUUCACCUCGUUUUUCUGCUUGUAGAUGCAUGGGAGACAAUUCCAUUGUAUCUCUGAUAAUUGCUGAUACAAAAUGAAAAACGUUGGAAACUUAAUUUACAGUAUACUCAUAUUGGUUCUGAUGGGUGUUUAAAACGUCACAGACUUUUAGUGUUUCUGGUUAUUGGAUAACUUCUGCAUUGCUGAAAUGGGAAGGUGCUGAAGUAUAAUGAGAUAUUCAUAAUGUAUUAUUAUUGCAGAUAAAAAAUGCAGAUCUUUGUCAAGACUCUGACUGGCAAGACCAUCACCCUGGAGGUGGAGCCCAGCGACACAAUUGAGAAUGUGAAAGCUAAAAUCCAGGACAAAGAAGGCAUUCCCCCUGACCAGCAGAGGCUGAUCUUCGCCGGAAAGCAGCUGGAAGAUGGCCGCACCCUCUCUGACUACAACAUCCAGAAAGAAUCCACCCUCCAUCUUGUGCUGCGUCUGAGAGGAGGUAUGCAGAUCUUCGUCAAGACACUCACUGGGAAGACCAUCACUCUGGAAGUGGAGCCCAGUGACACCAUUGAGAACGUGAAAGCUAAGAUCCAGGACAAAGAAGGCAUUCCCCCUGACCAGCAGAGGCUGAUCUUUGCCGGAAAGCAGCUGGAAGAUGGCCGCACGCUUUCUGACUACAACAUCCAGAAGGAAUCCACCCUCCAUCUUGUGCUGCGUCUGAGAGGAGGUAUGCAGAUCUUUGUCAAGACUCUGACUGGGAAGACCAUCACCCUGGAGGUGGAGCCCAGUGACACCAUCGAGAACGUGAAAGCUAAGAUCCAGGACAAAGAAGGCAUUCCCCCUGACCAGCAGAGGCUGAUCUUCGCCGGAAAGCAGCUGGAAGAUGGCCGCACGCUUUCUGACUACAACAUCCAGAAAGAAUCCACCCUCCAUCUUGUGCUGCGUCUGAGGGGAGGUAUGCAGAUCUUUGUCAAGACUCUGACUGGCAAGACCAUCACCCUGGAGGUGGAGCCCAGUGACACCAUCGAGAACGUGAAAGCUAAGAUCCAGGACAAAGAAGGCAUUCCCCCUGACCAGCAGAGGCUGAUCUUCGCCGGAAAGCAGCUGGAAGACGGCCGCACCCUCUCUGACUACAACAUCCAGAAAGAAUCUACCCUCCAUCUUGUGCUGCGUCUGAGAGGAGGUAUGCAGAUCUUUGUCAAGACACUCACUGGGAAGACCAUCACUCUGGAAGUGGAGCCCAGUGACACCAUUGAGAACGUGAAAGCUAAAAUCCAGGACAAAGAAGGCAUUCCCCCUGACCAGCAGAGGCUGAUCUUUGCCGGAAAACAGCUGGAAGAUGGCCGCACCCUCUCUGACUACAACAUCCAGAAGGAAUCCACCCUCCAUCUUGUGCUGCGUCUGAGGGGAGGUAUGCAGAUCUUUGUCAAGACUCUGACUGGCAAGACCAUUACUCUGGAAGUGGAGCCCAGUGACACCAUUGAGAACGUGAAAGCUAAGAUCCAGGACAAAGAAGGCAUUCCCCCUGACCAGCAGAGGCUGAUCUUCGCCGGAAAGCAGCUGGAAGAUGGCCGCACCCUCUCUGACUACAACAUCCAGAAAGAAUCCACCCUCCAUCUUGUGCUGCGUCUGAGAGGAGGUAUGCAGAUCUUCGUCAAGACACUCACUGGGAAGACCAUCACUCUGGAAGUGGAGCCCAGUGACACCAUUGAGAACGUGAAAGCUAAGAUCCAGGACAAAGAAGGCAUUCCCCCUGACCAGCAGAGGCUGAUCUUUGCCGGAAAGCAGCUGGAAGAUGGCCGCACGCUUUCUGACUACAACAUCCAGAAGGAAUCCACCCUCCAUCUUGUGCUGCGUCUGAGGGGAGGUAUGCAGAUCUUUGUCAAGACUCUGACUGGCAAGACCAUCACCCUGGAAGUGGAGCCCAGUGACACCAUCGAGAACGUGAAAGCUAAGAUCCAGGACAAAGAAGGCAUUCCCCCUGACCAGCAGAGGCUGAUCUUUGCUGGCAAGCAGCUGGAAGAUGGCCGCACCCUCUCCGACUACAACAUCCAGAAGGAAUCCACCCUCCACCUUGUGCUGCGUCUGAGAGGUGGCUUUUAGGUGUUAACGGAACUCUUUAUUUGCAAGUUGCCAAUAGCAUUUGUUUGCACUGUAGCUGUUUAAUGUCUUAAUAUUGUAAGGUAAAUAAAAGUUUAAGUAACUGCUGGACUGUUGGUGUAAAUGCUAAAUAAAAGUUUUUGUUGCACAUUACUUUGUAGUUCUCAUGAAUGAUUAAGUAUGGUGUUCAAGAAUACUUUUCUCCCAGUUUUUUUACACUGUAGGUGUUGUGCGUAACUGCAAGGUUCUGGGAAAGAAAUCAAAGGUAACAUAGCAAGAGAUACCAAAAUUAAGUGCAAGUUGACAUGGAUUCUCCAACUUAAUCCUAAAUAAACUGAUACCAAACAUGUCAUGAGGUAUAACUGCAAUGAUGGAAGUCACAGCACCAGACUUUUUGCCAUGUUAAAACGGGUGUAAGCUUAGAAUACAGAAUAUGAAACUUGGGAGUCUAGAGUGCUCAAACUGAUUAAACUGUAGCUCCUACAACUGCCAUGACUUCUGGCAAUUAUAUUUUAGUCACCUUAGUGGCUUGAGCUUUCUACAAUGCUGGCAAGGACAAAGCUAGGGACACAGCUUUUCUUUACUUUGGUACCACUCAAAUGUUCUGUUUAUGAUUGGAAGU